AUGGACACUUGUUAUCCCAACGCCGCACAGUGCUAUCCGCGACAGACCGUACCAACGAUCUCCCACGGCGCGUCGGAGAUGCAGCUGGCGGAGCUCCAAGCAGCUAUUGCAGCUUGUACCCUGGCAUCCUUAGAGGCAUCUCAAGCCCACGAAUUGGAGAAUAUUGCCGAAGCAGCCGAUGAAGCUGCGCUUAACUGUUGGCACCAGCUUGCUGAGAAGAAGGUCACGGCAGGAUCGUUGCGUUUGUCCAGAAUUCAGGUUGUCGAGGACCAAGACUCCGACGACGACGACGCCGGCAAUGAACUCGUCAACCCUAUUAAAAGGACGUUAGCUCUGAGUCGCCAAACGGUGGACGACGCAUUGCAAAUGAUUCGCGAGGGGCGACAAGUGAUGUGGAAAGAGGGGCAAGUGAUAUUAGCGGGGGCUAGUUGUGUCACGGCCACCACCUUUGCUCUGCCGCCUCUGUUGCGGAUCGAGAUCGUCCGCGAUUUCUUCCAGAUCGCAGGUCUGUUCUUCGCGGGUCUGUACGAGCCCGUGUUGGAAGUUUUGAGGGAGCAAGAGAUUCCGAGCUGGAUCUACGUCGGGCUUACCUGGAUGCGCAGCGUCUACAACUGGUUGGUGAAGGACAUCUCGCAGUUGAUGCAUUAUCUGGACCUGGAUCCAAACUUGUGGUCCAAGGUGAGUGUGGCGCUGCUAUUGAGCGGCAUCCUUCUCGUUCACUGGAGCUUCUUGGCCGUGGUCUUCCGCCUGUGGUGGACGAUGCCUCGCACAGCGGAUAAGGUUCGCCACGGCCAUGAAGCCACGACGUGGGCGACAUUUGCGUCCCAAAACGCUUGGACGACCAAGUUUCCGACCAUUUUCAUCACCAUUUGCUUGACCGUGUACCUGCCGCUGACGCAAAUGUCCUUCAAUGUGCUCGUCGUGACACACAACCCGGCCGACUCUGAAGCAAUGAGAUCGGUUCACUUUGCCUCGCAGUACCGAGGCGGACCCUACUGGUUCUUCUUCCCACUCGAAGCCAUCCUGCUCCUCUUCACCUUCACGUUAUCCCUCCCGUUCCUGCUCGAGUGGUCGAUCUGGAAGAACAGACCAAGUGGAUCGCUGGAAGACGAAGACGUGACGUACGAUCUCGACGGAGAGAAGGUCAAGUUUGACGACAAGGUGUACACGGAACUGGUGCCCAGUGAUCCGAGCCAACUUGGCUGCCCGUACCGAUCCCUUUACGCGGGCUUUGAGCGCAACUGGAGCACAUACAAGGUGAUGCAGAUGGUGGCCAAGAUCUUGAUGGCGGUGAUCGUCGUGUCUGCGGGUCAAUCGGUUCAAAUCGUGGGGCUCUCGAAGUACAGUCAGCCGUUCAUCGACCCGUUCGAUGACUGGAUGGAGCUUAUCUCCAAGCUAACAGCUCUCACAACUGCAGUAGGAGCCACCGUGGUGGCAUACGCUUCUCGGGAGAAGGUGGAGUCGUCAACGACAACCCACGGGAUCAGCGGCUUCAUGGGGUUUGUAGUUGUAGUUCACGGAUUUAACCUGCUGGUGAUGCUCUCAGUGCUGCUGCUGGGUGUGCAAGGCGCUCGCGUUUACAUUAAAUGCAUCCUUGGGUGGCUAUCGUUCAGUGAUACGUGCCGUGGGCUGGUCGACGCUCGAGCACACACCGUCAUUCCGCAUUGGAACCUCCAAAAGGAAGCCAAACACCGCGUACGGCAAGCUUUCUGGCGAGCAGUGCUUCUUGACUUGGCCGUCAAAGACGAAGGGGAUGAAAUGGAGAAAGUCAAAGGAAAAGCCAAUGCCAAGAGCAAACACUCAACGAAAGUCACGGGGACUGCACGCUUGGUCUCACUUGAAGAAGCCGUUGUCGCCUCAGGUCUGGACCGCGUCAAGUCGCACUGGUACGGCAAGGAGCACAUGUACACAGCUCAGCUGAGACGGUUGGCUCGCGAGGCUCUUGAAGGUGUCGAUGUAUUCUGGAAUAACCCCCUAGGCGCUCGAGACGGCCAUUUGGACUCCGUAAGUUGCUUCGGGAAGAUGUACGUGGUGCCUUACCCUUUCCAGUGUGUUGUGGUGUACGAUGACGCCCAAGACGAAGCAAUUAUCACGGACGAGUGCGAUGGAAACUCCAUUCAGACAAGUGACACGAACCUCGCCAAGCUUUUGUUCCUGAAUUUCACGCCGUCGAUCAUGGCAAAGCGAGUGCUGCGGCAGAAGUUGCGAGUGCUAAGUGAGCGGCAAACCCCCAUUAUGCUACCGUUCACUCGGACAGAGAAGACGUUCGUCGGACCCAAGUUUCUGGGAUGGAAGUGGCGGAUCAUCCCCAUUUUUUCCAAGCCUGGGUACUACAAAUUCGAGUGCAAGUACACUUACGGCAUUAUUCGCGUUCAGACCAGCAGCGACAAAUCUGGUGUGUUGCUGCGGGUAAACAAGAGUGGGGCCAUGAAAGUAUUCAAGCGUGCAGUCGGCAAUGAAAACAACGAGGAAAAUGGCUGGGCACUUCCUCAGCUGCUCAAGGACUUGUUUAAGAGUCGAGGUGACACCAAGCGCGAAAUGGCGGACGGCUUCCACGUCACCAUCAAGUACAAAGAUGGCAAAGGCGAGGUGGAAAUCCCCGACACUGACAAGAAGUUCCAAGUUCACGGUUGCCGCAAGGCUGUGAUGAAGGUCGAUCACAUCGGCCUCAAGCCGUCCAUGGAGGAGAGCGACAUUCAUCACAAAAUCUUUGAGAACACGCGCGAGCACUGGCAGGAAGGCCUGAAAGAGCUGCACGCUAAGCAUCGCGACUACCGCCUGCGCCUCGCCAUGAUCCAAGAGGAGGAGAGUGCGGCGCUGAGCGACGAUUUCUGGAUCUUCGUGUAUAAUAACGCGCGUCUUCGGCGUAAUGACCUCGAGCAGUACUUACUUGACCAUGAGGCGAACCCAGCGCUGCAGACGCUGCCGAGGACUCGCAAGGCGGCGUUGGAUGCGCUUUAUCUGCGACAGAAGUGGGUGUUCCUGCACCCGCAGAUCACGUUCUGGUACGUGUUCUGGGACGACGUGUACGCUCGCAAUUCAGGGUUCAAGUGCCUCAAGCCAGAGGACUUCGACCCUCUCCAACCGACUGCGAUCUGCUAUCACGUCAAGAAAGAAGCCGAGCUUAAGGACUGGCUUCUCGAGCGCAAACUCCUCGGUCGGUGGGGCCUCUUCCACAAGGGCCUGAUCAAACUAUUGUACGAAGGAAUGGCGAAGUACGAAAAGAAGGGAAAGAUGAAGCGUCCAAGCAGCCAAAGUCUGAAGUCAUAUGCAACAUUCUCAGCAUGA